ACAAAGAGCAGGCUGGACACAAGAAUAACGAACUCUAACAGAUAAAAGAGAGCAGCUAUGCUUACCAAGGGCACUAUCCCUUUCACUUGUGUAUAUAUACCCGUGUACCGAUUGACAGAGACAACCGAAGUGUCACCUCAGUGCGAAGAUGAAGUGUGUAAUCCUUGCCGCCUUGCUUGCCGUGGCCGUGGCCACCCCCGUCCCUGAAUCCCACGAGACACCCUCCUACGGCUACGCUCCUCCCCCUGUACCAGUCAAGAUCCUGAAGGACGAACGCACUCAAGGCCCCGACGGCAAGUACACCCUGGAUGUGGAGGCCGAGAAUGGCAUCGUGCUGUCUGAAUCCGGAAGUCCCGAUGGACCCGAGGGAGCAAUAGUGACAGCCGGCCAGUACUCCUACACCGCCCCUGAAGGCACUCCUGUUGUCGUCAAGUUCGUCGCCAACGAGAACGGCUUCCAGCCCGAGUCUGACCUGCUGCCCGUGGCCCCCGCCUUCCCCCACCCGAUCCCCCAGUUUGUGCUGGACCAGAUCGCUAAGGCUGCCGAGGAGGACGCAGCCAAGGCCCAGUACGGCACCCCAGCUCCACCUCCCACUUACGCCCGCUAAAAGAUCCCGCCAUGAAUCACAUUCCAUACCGCACGUCGACCCAGUAAUUUAAUUCAUUCAGUACCACAAACUAUUUAAUAAUAAUUCUUUCAACUGUA